AUGACCCGGGACUCGUCGACCAAAUCGACACCCACUGGCCGAACCUUGCAAAACAGCCCUCUUUCGAUGACUGAGCCUGAGGCUCCUCCUCCUCAGGCUAGACCGGACAAUGUCCCAGCGACAAAGCCGAAACGAGUCAGGACCGGAUGUCUUACUUGCCGAGAACGACACCUCAAAUGUGAUGAGGGUCUUCCACAUUGUCAGAACUGCAAAAAGUCCAAUCGCAAAUGCAAACGUGGUGUACGAUUGAACUUUAUCGAUAUCCAAUGCGAGAAACCGCCUUAUUUACUUCCUCCGACCCACGAUUGGAGAAUCGCAUUUCAAGAUGAUUCUCGUGAAAUUGCCUCCGAAUACAAGGGUGGUUUGGAGAGAUACCAUCCACUCGAACCCGAACCCAAACGACAGAGAUUGGACGUGACGGACAUGAACUACGACUAUGGUCAAAUCGACGUGCCAAUCAUUCCACAUCAACCACUUCCACCUCAACAGUCUUAUCCCAGUUCUUAUGCUGAAUCAUCCCAGGCAAUGUACGCCAGUGCAACUAGUCAAGGCUACGACGAAGCUGCGAGUGCAAUGGCUUCCUACUCCGAGCCAUCUCAAAGUUUGAGACAGUCUUACGAACCACCGAUGCUGGUACCCGCCGAACAGGAUCAAACACCUGUCUAUCUGGAUGACCGGAACGAGGUAUUAUACAUGCAGGUCUUCGUAGAAGAAGUGGGGCUGUGGAUGGACUCGAUGGAUUCCCAAAAACAUUUUUCUCGCCUUAUUCCGUUCCAAGCUCUGCGGGAGCCCAUGCUGAAGUACGCGUUGCUAGCGUGUGGUGUUCGCCACCUGACCCUAGUGAACUCGGUCUAUCCAGAAGAGCAUGCAUUGAAUUAUUACAACAACGCCACACAACUGCUGCUAAAGUCUCUUCAAAAUCCAGAUAGAGACAGUGUCCUCUGCGCCACCGCAGCCACCAUUCUCAAUGUCUAUGAAGUUAUGUCCGAGAAAGCCCUACAACGAAUGAAUCACAUUGCUGGUGCCCGAGCCUUGAUCAAAGAAUGUCGAUGGGAUGCCACGGCAACUGGCAUCGGAGCUGCCUGUUUUUGGCUGAAUGUCGGACUCGAGCUGUUCAGCUGCCUCCACUUCAACUGGGGCGUCGCUUGGGAUCCUGAUACUUGGGGCAUUGACAUGACGAUGAAUCCUCAGCAUGUCGGCGGAAAUGAAGAGGACUGGACACACAAAAUGUUGUGGAUUCUAUCGAAGAUCACGAAUUUUCGGUCGACGGCACAGCCACGGUUUCAAGACGCCAGUGUUCAUGCGGAACAGGUCCGCUUACAUCAGAGACAUCAACAAUGGCUGGGACUGAAACAAUUUUGUGAUCGUUGGCACCGUUGUGUCCCGCCAACAAUGCAUGCCAUGGCCUAUGUCCCAACAUACAUGACAUCGUCAAAAAGUGCUUUUCCCGAAGUUUGGCUCAUCAAGAGGACGACAAUCGUGGCAAGGCUCUUCUACCAUACUGCCAUGGCGUUACUCGGAUCCGUCCAUCCAUUAGCCGGCAUCCAACCCCAGACAGCUGAUGAAAUGCGGGAAAUGAGAGUCUAUCAUUCUAGACUGAUAUGUGGCAUAGUCGCCCAUGUCAAGGACAGGGGUGUGGCCUCGGCUUCUAUUCGAUGUCUCGCUGUGGCAGGAGAAAACCUUACGGUCCGACGAGAACAAGAAGAAGUUUUACAAAUUUUCGACCGGAUAAAGAAAGAAACCGGCUGGCGGGUCACAUUCAUCCAUGACGACCUUAAAGAAAAAUGGGGCUGGAAUAGCAAUGCUCCCGAGUACGACAACGGGAGCACCACAUCUACAUACUAUUCUUCCUCGACUUCAUCUGCACCCCCGGCACCACCAACUGGUCUAUCUCCUCGUCCCAAAUAUCCAGGCGGGAUUGUCAAUCCUUUGUACAAAAAUGCGGACUUUUCAGCCCAAAACCCGCCUUAUCAAGGAAAUUACGUCCCUCCUACACCUGGACAUAUUAUGCACAACACAACGCAGAUGUAUGGAUUUUCUGGCAUUACGGCCAUAUGA